GACUCGGUUGCAGCGUGAGAGACGAGAUGGAUAGUCUCUGAAUGUUUGCGAUCAAUCCAGUGGUAGAUUAUGAUGGUUGAGAGCUAUCAAAAACAACACAGUUGUGAAUUCAUUAUAAUGUGCCAGUUUAAACGUGUGUACCGGUACCUUACCUCAUGGAGAUAAAACUUAGCAAAUGUUUUAUUACCCGAAUGGAUAUGGAAUGGUCAUGAAGAGCGCGCAAAGGAGUCGCAUUGAUGGAUUCAUCGGAUCUUGAAUGCUCUCUUCAGAAAUCAAGCCUACAGUUGGGAUGUUGGCUGCUGGCUCUGGCAGACAAUAACCUUCCAUGAGUUUUAAAGAGAGGACAGGAGACCCCCUCCCUUUAUCAGCAACAGCAGGACCAGGAGAAGAACACAUUCAACUGAGACCUUGAAAGAGAACACUACUGAAGGCCAGACUGUGGUGCUACAGAACCUGUUGUGCCUACAGCAACAUUUGGAGCAGCCAUGAUGGAUAAACCCUCUACUGCUCCUCCACAGACCUCCCAUCCCACAAUAGAUGUGCCUUGAUGGCCCCAGUCCCUCCCCUCUGACAUCUGCAUCCCCCUCUCCACAGCCCUGUUCCAUCCUGUCUACAUAAUGUCUCGUACAGACUACAAAAAUGGUGCCAUUUCUCAAACGGACUACACAUAUGGCCAACUCUGCCCCAUGGAAGUUAAGAACUACAGGAAAAGACCAACAAUGCCUUGUUUGGACGAUGUGGAUGACGGUCACAUAAUCCUUCCCAGUGUCCUGGAGGUGAGGCGGGUUCCUCUGUGGCCAUUGGGCCCCCUGAGGAGUGUCACAAAGGUCAAGGUUAUCAGCUUCCUGCUCGGACUGACAUUGACCUUCCUCAUUAUGGCUUCUUACGUCUUGACCUUGGAUAAAAAGGGUCUGAUGCUGACACCGCCACCGUUCCACCUCAGUACUAUAGUCAACCCCAGCAGCACCAUCUCCCCUAACCUGUCCUCUACCAAGGACUAUGUCAACAUUAACCUCCUGGUGAAGUGCAUUACAGCUAAGCUUGAGUUCAGCCCAAGGAAGCUGCCUCUUCUGAAGGACGUUGUCAAUAGUGACUCUCAUUUGUUUUCCAUUAUUCCUCGUCAGUUCCUCCCCAAUAUCAAGAGUCCAUGCUGGUAUGAGGAGCUCUCUGGGAAAACCAAAGUGGAUCCUUACAGGAAAAACUUGUAUGCAGUUCGCUCCAAGACCUUCCGGACGGUCCGUGACUACCUGAGGAAUCAUUUCCAGGAACACUUGUCCCACAGCGUCGACGACAAGCAAUACCGCCUGCGCUGUCUGCCAUAUUUCUACAUCAUUGGCCAGCCCAAAUGUGGCACAACGGACCUGUUUCACCGAUUGCUGCUACACCCGGAGGUCAAGUUCACCACCAUGAAAGAGCCCCACUGGUGGACAAGGAAAAGGUUUGGUAUCAUCCAUCUUAAAGACGGCCUCCUGGAGCGCUUCCCUGUGGAGGACUACCUGGACCUUUUUGACCUGGCUGCCUACCACAUCCAGCAGGGAAUACUGGGGAAUACCUCUGGAGAUGACAGCCAGCAACACCUCAUCACAGGUGAAGCAAGCGCAUCCACAAUGUGGGACAACCAAGCCUGGAGCUAUCUCUAUGACAACCGGGUGGAUGGGGAGCCUCCUUUCCUGGCCCAGGACUUCAUCCACACUGUUCAGCCCAACGCUAAAAUCAUCGUCAUGCUCAGAGACCCAGUAGAGAGGUUGUAUUCAGACUAUCUGUACUUCAACAUGGCUAACAAGUCAGUGGAGGACUUUGACCAGAGGGUCUCAGAAUCCUUACAGCUGUUUGAGGCUUGUUUAGCAGAGAGCUCCAUGCGUUCCUGUGUCUACAAUACUAGACUUUCCAAUGCCAUGCCGGUCAGACUGAACCUGGGACUAUAUAUUGUCUUCCUGCUGGACUGGUUGACUGUCUUCCACAGGAAUCAGAUCCUGGUUCUGCAGUUAGAAGACUACGCUGCCAAUCUGAGACUCACCAUAAAUAAAGUCUUUGACUUCCUAAACGUGGGGCCUUUAUCUGAGCAGAUCGAGGCAGCACUCACCAAGAGGCCCAUGUCCAACACACGGAGGGCAGCAGACAGGAGCUUGGGCCCCAUGUUGCCCAGCACCAGGGACCUCCUCAGGGUGUUCCACCGGCCAUUCAACCACAAACUGGCCACAGUCCUGGACAACAAGGCCUUCCACUGGACAGAGAUAUGAGGAAUGUCUCAAUCAGAGAUGGAUACAGUCCUGAAGAGUAAGUCCCCCAUGGUCUUAUGAGUCCUAUGAGAUGAACUGUCAAGUGCAAUAAACCAUGGGCAUUACAUGUCACAAUGGGUGAAUGUAUAGACAAUAAAAUGGCUGAGGUACUGAACAAUGCAUCUGUCUAGUACUUGUUUAAAUAACCUCUAUUUAAUUAGGCAGGUCUGUUAAGAAAACAUUUUUUUUUUACAAUGACAGCCUACCCUGGCCAAACCCCAAUGUGGGUGACACUGGGCCAAUUGAGCACUACCCUAAGGGACUCCCAAUCAUAGCCGGUUGUGGUACAGCCUGGAAUUGAACCAGGGCCUGUAGUGACACCUCUAGCACUAAGAUGCAGUGCCUUAGACCUCUGCGCCACUCGGGAGGAUAUCAUUUCUUGUGUGGUUUCCCUCUGUGAUUGUCGUUCGUGAUGACCCAUUUGACGGCAGUGCCCUGACAUGUUGGUGAAGAGUUCGCUUUUUGUUGAAGACUCCAGGAAAAUGACUGGGAUAGAACCUGGUGGACUACUCCCUCUAGUGGGGAAGCAUUCCAUAUGACACAUACUGAGAGUGAAAGGAGAGCCUUCACAAUGCUAAUGAUGGAUCAUUUUUAUAUACUGUAUGCCAGUGUUUCCCAUCUCCAGUCCUCGAAUACCCCCAACAGCACACAUUUUUGUUAUAGCCCUCGGCAAACUCACCUGAUUCAAAUCAUUGCGGGCUUGAUGAUUAAUAGACAAGUUGAAUCAGAUGGGCUUGUCCAGGGCUACAAAAAACGUGCAAUUGGGGGUACUCGGGGACUGGAGUUGAAAAUACUGCUGUAUGCCACUGGACAUUGCAGUCAUUGUGAAAUAAUUCUGUAAGAAACAAUAUUGGAGCAAACAGCACAAUGGAUUUUAUCAGAUGACGUUGCCUUCAAGUAAUGGAAGGUGAUGCCAAAGAAACAUUUCCUUCCUGGAUGGGAAAUAAAGUUUUAUUCUAUUAAUCUUUAAAAACAAACAUGAAACACCCUGUUUCUACGGCCAUACAAUGUUCAUUUUAACUACAUUAAAUGUAUUAAAUGUUAAAGACAUAAACAAA